UAGUUACAUUACGAUUAAAACCACAGAUGAAGAGAAGCAUUACUUCUUGAAUGAUCAAAUGCAAAAGUUUCUACUUGUUGCUACUGAAAGCCAACUAGUGACAGCCAAGUUUACCUUUCUUCGAGAUAUUGAAAAGCAUAUCCGUUGAUUUUACUCGUCGACUUUGGACUGAGUUUGAAAAAAAUGCGGGACCGAACCAAGGAGUUGGGAAAUAAAGCAGAGUCCUCAGAUGAGGAUGAAGAAGGCUCUCUCAUGAUUAAGCCUGGCACUUCCUCAGCAAAGGAAGAGAAGGAGAAUGAUGCCUUUUUCAAGAAGGUGAAAGAGAUCCGGGAGGGACUGGAAUCUCUCAAAAAGAAGGUCUCUGACCUUGAGAACAAACAGAAAACAGUGUUAGGCAUGCCACAGCCAGAGGACAGCAUGAAAAGAGACCUCCAGACCCUAAGAGAAGAGAUUAAAACAUUGGCCUGUCUGAUUCAGAAAAGACUGAAGACAAUUGAACCUAAGAAAGUAGAAGAGGAAGGGAAGUAUGUUGCUAUUAACAUUAGGAUGCAAAGAGCACAGCAUGGAGUCCUGUCGAGGGAGUUUGUUGAGUUGAUGGGUCACUGUAACACCAUCCAGGCCCAGUAUAGAGAUCGCAACGUGGAGAGGAUAAAAAGGCAGCUCAAAAUCACUGGAAAUGAUGUAACAGACGAGCAGUUGGACACUAUGCUGGAAAGCGGACAGACGGAUGUUUUCACGCAAAAUAUCCUGACUGACACUAAAGCCACUAAACAGGCCCUGAAUGAGAUUGAGUCUCGGCACGAUGAGAUCCUUAAGCUAGAGAGGAGCAUCAGGGAUCUGCAUGACAUGUUCCAGUACCUGGCCAUGGAGGUGGAAGCUCAGGGGGAGAUGGUGAACCGUAUUGAAGCCAACAUUUUAAGCUCUAGCGACUAUGUGGUGAAGGCUGUGGAAAACACAGGGAAAGCAGUCGAGUACAAGACCAAAGCAAGAAAGAAGAAGAUGUGGAUUAUGAUCUGUUGUGCCAUUCUCAUCAUUAUCCUAGCCAUUUCAUUGGCUGUCAGCUUCGGCUGAGUCAUUCUUAAUUACGUCCUCAAACCCCUCUCCUGCUCUGGGACCUUUUUUAAAGAAAACACUUGUUUUAUUGAGAACUGACCUUUUUUAACUAACGCCUUCACAGUUCAACAGACACACACACACAGACAACCACCUUUAAUCUCUGUUGUUCACAUUCUCGUCGAGAGGCAAUCCUGAGGACUCCUUCACCCUUCUCUGUUAAGGCUUUCCCUUCACUGCCACCACAAGGGGAUUCACCUGAGGAUACGUCUCAGCGGUGACAAUUUCAAGAACGUUUAUUCUUUGCGGUGUCCAUAAGGAAAUAUUGGAUACCAAACAUGGCAUGGCGCUGAUCGUAACAUGUACUCAGGAAAACCCAUAGUAAGGUCAUUCUAGUGUUAGUCUUUGUUUUAUGAAUUGCCAAGCUAAGAAAACCUUUCUAGCGCUGUCGGUAUUGCUUGUCAUUUCAGAUAGAGUAAUAUCAUUAAAUACAACUAAUGUUUUGGUAAGUAAUGAUGACAUGCACAGUUGAUGAAACUUGAAAUAUGUCUGAAUAUGCGGUUGUGACCCAUGUACAUUACAUUUGUAGUUCAUUAUGAUUGGCCUUUGAAUUUGAUCCCUUCCUAAAAAGGCUCCUGAAAUGGUGUCUAAGCACUGCAAUGACCCAAUACCCCCUAUUUGUCCCAUUUAAGUAUCUAUUCAUAGUGAUUAGAUUGUUGCUGCUAUGAGUGGGUUUUCUGCAUCAAUAAGCAUUGGGAAUCCUUUUUCCUGACAACUUUUGUUUGCUUGACAGCUCAAAGGUUUACCUGGAGAUCAUGAUGUAGUUCACUAUUAUAAUGUACAACAAGGGAUGGAACAUUCACUUAUUUGUUUGACGUCUAAAGUUUUUUUUCCAGAUACGUUUCAUGGUGCUUUACCCUAGCCUUAAUGCUGUGGUCAACUCUCUCCCAACCAACCAAGUGCAUAGAUGACAGCGUUCAUACCUGUCCGUUUAGCCAGAAAGAGAUUGAGGAGAACAGUGAGACAUGGCUAUUGUACAUUACUUGGCUGUUUAUAUUUUGUAUCAAACUUUCAGCUCAUUCAUUUUAAUGUAUAAUUGUUUUUAAUAUAAAGUAUUGUCUCUUACCAUA